AUGCAAAACGGCACGUCGAACGGCCGGGGACACAGUCGCGAUAUCUCGACGCCUGAACAUGAUGGCGAGCUUCAGCGCAUAGCUAGACCUUCGACGCCCACCGAUACGCCCUCCGAGCAGCCAAAACCGGCCGUUCUCGAGGAUACCAACGCCGUCGCGAAACACGAACAGCUUAAUGGAAUUAAUGGAAUUAAUGGGAUUAACGGACCACCAUCCAAGAGGCGGAAGCUUGCAGGAACGUCGGGACGAACCACACCACGACCACCUUCGCCGCCAUGGAAACGCGCCGGGUUCGAUGGGCCGACCUCCUUUGUGGCAGAUGGCAAGCGGCGGUCGACGAGGACGAACGCGAUGCCCCCCGAGAUGCUGCCUGACGGAGAUCCAAGACGCACACGACCUGUGCCUGUGCAGAAGGGGCCCAUGAGCAAGGCCAUACAGAGCUGGACACAGGGUCGCGGAGGCUCUGCUUCUUCACCUUCCGGGGCGGCAAGGCCGGAGUCGAACGGGAGACGCAUACUCGGUGGCAGCAACCAGAAUAACGGCGUGGAUCCAUCCACGUCUCCCAGAGAUAGCUCCGGGCGCGCGACGAUAUCAAAGGCAGCAGCAGGAUUCGCUAAGAACUCCACUCAACCUCAGCCUUUGUCUCAACGGCGCGUCUCUGAUAUCCCGCGAACGACCUCUACUACUACUACCUUCGCCGACCCGAACUCCCCCAUAGAUCCGCCGCCGAAGCGCAAGCCUGGAAGACCACGUCGAAGACAGAGUGACGGUGCAGCCAUAGUCAAGUUAGAGAAUGGAACUCCCUCGACUGGCCAACAGCGCUGGAAUCGGACUGAAAAUAAAGAUGAAGGGACAAGCCAGAAGCUGCCGAGACUACGAUUCCGUGUGAAGAUGCCAUCGUUGGGGAUCCAGCAUCCGUCGCAUGUCCUUCCUCCAAAGCAAUGCACGUCAUUCCACGAAUGGCUAUACAAGAACACCCCGGGUGAAGAGGAGACUCAUUUCUCCUCUCCAAAGGAUGCAUUAGAAGAGGCCCGGGUUCGGUUAAGACUUAAAGAGGCCGGCGAGCCAAAUCAGGUUCUAAGCAAAGAGCGCUGCUCGUUUUAUCUGACUGAUCCCGAGGAGGCACCCCCGCGUCAAUAUUCACAUCAAGAUCAUUUCAUUGCCCACGCAUUAUACUUCAAAAAGCUCCUGGACAAAGAGCGCAAACACCACCGGAAUAUCGCGAGGUUAUUUGCCCACUGGUGCGCCGAUGCAUGGCGGAAACGUAAUAAAGCUCCGGAAGAUAUCCUCAAAGAACAAAACAAUGAGCUACGUCAGAAACGGCGGCAGCUGGUCAAGGAUUUACAGCGACAGUUCGAUCUAGUUCGCGCCGAGGUCUACAAGGCCAGGUUGGCUAUCUGGGAACAGGAGCGGAAGGUAGAAGAACAGCUGGCUUUGAACAACGCUUUGAAGAAAUCUACUGCUCUUUUCGAGAGAAGGAGGUCCGAGCGAAUCGGAACUGGUGAACUAGAGGACGAGGAAGAUGAGACGGAUGAUGGGGAAGACAGCUCGUCUGGGGGAACCGGGGAGUCGGGGGAUGACAGCAACAUGUCUUCCUCUGACUCGGAAACUGAGAGUGAUGAAGAUCGGGAUGCUAACGACGACGAACAACUAAGCCCAGAGGCACUUCGAGCAAAGUAUGCAAAUCUUGCAUCGAUGGACUCCUCUAUGCCAUCCAGCGAUGAUGACGAUGAAGAUGAGGAUGAAGAUGAGGGAGAAGAUGAAGAGGAUAUACCCGUUGAGAUGGCCUAUUCUGAAGAACAUAUAUUAAAAGGCGAGACAUCACCAACUAUGGAAAAAGGCCAAGUUGUUGCCGAACUAGAGGAGGUCGACCCACUACUCCUCGACGAAUCUGACGAGUCUACGGACAUGGAUGAUGAUAUGGGAGAUAGCGACGAAGACGACGAAGAUGACCAUAGUGAUGCUGAUGACAGUGAUGAGAGUGACGAAAGUGACGAAGGAGGGGGGUUACUAGGGUUCUUCUCUAAAAGGGAGACUGCUCGUCCGAACGGCGUUGACCAUACUAGAGAUUUAAAUCAUGGCAUGCAAGGUGCUGACGAUGCGGUCACCAAGGGUGUCAAUGGCAUUGAACCUCAUGAACCCGAAGAUGAUGAAGAGAACAAUGAUGAACAAGUUCAUCUUGUACCAAAGAGUCCAGACAAGGCUCCUGAUGCAGAUACGAUUAUGCAAGAGAAUGGUCAACCAGAAGCCAUGUCUCUGAUGUCAAUCGACAAGGACGAAGCGGCGAACAACGAUGAACUGGUUAAGGCUAAUACUGAGGUUAAUGAAGCCAGCUCGCUACCCAAAGCUAGUAGUCCCAAGCCUGGAAACGAGGCCGAGACAGCUGUCGCCACAGAACAAGCAACAGGCAUAAAAACGCCAAUUCCACAUCUUCUUCGAGGGACACUACGUGAAUACCAACAUUUCGGUCUCGACUGGUUGGCCGGUUUAUACGCAAGCAAUAUAAACGGCAUACUUGCAGAUGAGAUGGGUUUGGGAAAGACUAUCCAGACAAUAGCUCUCGUAGCUCAUUUAGCCGUCAAGCACGAAGUCUGGGGUCCUCAUCUCGUUAUUGUUCCAACCAGCGUCAUGUUAAACUGGGAAAUGGAAUUCAAGAAAUGGUGUCCAGGCUUUAAAAUACUUACCUAUUAUGGCACCCAGGAAGAACGAAAGCAGAAGAGAAAAGGGUGGAUGGACGAUGACCGUUGGCAUGUGUGCAUCACUUCAUACCAGCUUGUCCUUCAAGAUCAGCAAAUAUUCAGACGGCGAAAUUGGCACUACAUGGUCCUAGACGAAGCCCAUAAUAUCAAGAAUUUUCGGUCUCAGCGAUGGCAAACAUUGCUUACUUUCAAGACUCAGGCAAGGUUACUUCUGACAGGAACACCACUCCAGAACAAUCUGACGGAACUAUGGUCGCUUCUAUUCUUCCUCAUGCCAUCGGAUGAGGACGGCAAUGGUAUCGAAGGGUUUGCGGAUCUCCGAAAUUUCUCAGAGUGGUUCCGUCGUCCUGUCGAACAGAUCUUGGAGCAUGGCAGAGAGACAAUGGAUGAUGAGGCGAAAGCAGUCGUUUCAAAGUUGCAUACAAUCUUACGACCCUACAUCCUCCGCCGUCUCAAAGUGGACGUGGAAAAACAGAUGCCUGCCAAAUACGAGCACGUUGUUGCUUGCCGCCUAUCGAAGCGUCAAAGGUAUCUCUAUGACGGAUUUAUGUCUCGAACUCAGACGAAAGAGACGUUAGCUUCCGGGAACUAUCUUUCCAUCAUUAACUGUUUGAUGCAGCUGCGCAAAGUGUGCAACCAUCCUGACUUGUUCGAGACUCGACCAAUUACUACCUCUUUCGCGAUGCCUACCUCCGCAGCGGCUGAUUUCGAAAUAAAGAAUCUCCUUAUUCGUCGACGGCUGCUGAAAGAAGAUGUGCUGGAGAAGCUCGAUCUGGAUUUUUUGAACCUCGCUCCAAUCUCCCGGGAGCAGAGCUCGAAGGUACUCGUUGACGACUGCACCAGAAUCAUGGCGUAUAAUCCCUUAAAAUCGCUCCGACAACGACAAUACAAUCGAACGAACUGGGACAUGAAUUUCGACGGAUCCACUGUACAGUCAACCCUACGCUCCAUGGAUAAUGAUGCUCGAAAAGCCCGAAUGAGAGAGUUGGAAAGAUGCCUCUACUUCGAAUCCAAGCGUCAUAGUCAGCGUCCGAUAUAUGGUCAGAGUCUUAUCGAUAGGCUUACCAUAGUCACUGCAAUUCAGCCAGAUGCUCGCCGGCCACCCCCACGAAGAUUCCUCCUUGACUGGCUCUCGAGUAAGUCGUUGGUGCUCAGUUCUAUGGUCCGAUCCAUGGAAUCAACCUCCCUCAUGGUGGAACCCUUGGUGCAAAAGUUCGCAUGUCUUACACCAGCUGCUAUCGCCCAUGGAGUUACAGCUGCCACACUCACACCGAUCACAUCGCGAUAUUUUACCCCCUCGCAGCGAGUUCCUGCUUAUGACCCGUUCCAUGAAGCCCAAAUGCGACUAUCAAUUGCCUUUCCGGACAAGCGAUUGCUGCAAUAUGACUGUGGGAAACUCCAGCAGCUUGAUAAACUACUCCGAACUCUGCAAGCCGGAGGCCACCGUGCAUUGAUUUUCACGCAAAUGACCAAGAUGUUGGAUAUUUUAGAGCAAUUCUUGAAUAUUCAUGGCCAUCGGUACCUCCGAUUAGAUGGGUCUACGAAAAUCGAACAGCGUCAGCUAUUAACGGAACGGUUUAACAACGAUACACGUAUCUUGGCAUUCAUCCUUUCCAGUCGCUCAGGUGGUCUAGGCAUUAAUUUAACAGGAGCAGACACCGUCAUAUUUUACGACCUGGAUUGGAAUCCUGCGAUGGACAAGCAGUGCCAGGAUCGCUGUCACCGAAUUGGCCAGACCCGAGAUGUGCAUAUCUACAGGUUUGUUUCGGAGUACACAAUCGAAUCCAAUAUUCUACGUAAAGCAAAUCAGAAGAGAAUGUUAGAUGAUGUUGUGAUACAAGAAGGGGAGUUCACUACCGAUUAUUUGAAUAGACUUGACGUGGAUGGCAUACUGGGCAACGAGGAGUUGGCCGAGGGCCAUGAUGAAGCGGGAGCAGCCAUGGACAGGGUCCUCGAUACCAAAGUUCACGGAACGUCACGCAUAUUCGAGCAAGCCGAAGAUAAAGAAGACAUCGACGCUGCUAAGACGGCUGAAAAGGAGCUUGAGCAGGUUGUCGACGAUAGUAACUUUGAUGACGCCAGCACUCCCCAGACACCUGCACCAGGACAGCAACCACCUGGUCAAAGCCUACUGGGGACCCCUGCGCCCACUGAACCAGGCGAAUGCGAGCCCUCUGUAUCACACGCGAACGGCAGCACACAACCGGCUUCACCCUCCGCGGGCCCCGACGACGGUCUUGACGACAUUGAUGAUGAUAAAGCUCCCGUCGGCCAUAUCGAUGACUACCUACUUCGCUUUAUGGAGUGGAACCUCAAAGAUGAGCCGCUCAUUCUCCCGGCCGAUAAGCAGAGAAAGAAAUCUAAAAAGGGAAGAGAACAUCGCAUCCGGAGAAAGAGGUAG